AUGUCCAAUCAGAGGAAUGAUUCACCUGCUUCUACUUCUGUUAAGAAUUUGCCUGCUGGCAAUGCUGCUAAUAAUCAGAAUGCUUGUGGUAAUGGUAAAGGAAAGGAAGUUGCUAACACUUCUAAUGGAGGAACAACUCGACUUUAUGGGUUGACUCGUAGGGAGGCAGCUGAAGUCUCUAACGUUGUGGUUACAGGUAUUUUUACUAUUUGCUCAUUUGAUGCGUAUUCGUUGAUCGAUCCGGGUUCAAAAUUAUCUUAUGUGACACCAUAUUUUGCUCUCGAUUUUGGUAUGGAACCUGAACGGCUAUUGGAACCCUUUGCUGUCGAUACACCCCUUGACAUUCCUGUUAUUGCUUCUAGGGUCUAUAGAAAUUGUGUUAUUGUGAUUAAGGGUCGUGAGACUAUGGCUGAUUUAUAUGAACUUGAGUUGGUGGAUUUUGAUGUCAUUAUGGGGAUGGAUUGUUUGUCCGCCUGUUAUGCUAAUGUGGAUUGUCACCUUAGUGAUUAUCCCAAAGUGUUUUCUAAAGAUCUUCUUGGUAUUCCUCCUGAUAGAGUCAUUGAUUUUGGGAUUGAUGUUAUUCCCUACACCCAACCAAUUUUCAUUCCUCCAUACCGUAUGGCUCCAGUGGAGCUAAGGGAAUUAAAAGACCAAUUAAAGGACUUGUUAGAUAAAGGUUUCAUCUAA